AUGACAUCGACCGUCCCCCGCCCGCAGCGCGGCCGACCGAACAAGGUGACGAAGCCGCAGCCGCCAACGGCACGCGGUCGCCCCACCCGUGGUGUUGUUCCGGGCUCACUCGACGUCCACGCCGCCCAUCAGAUUCACCAGGCCCAUCAGCAGGCUCAGGCUCAGGCUCAGGCCCAGUACGGAGUGCACGCUGCGCCCUACGUGGCUGCUGCCCACGCUGCCCAGCACGCCCUCGACGAGCUCAAGCCCGAGCCCGACCAUUCCGUGUUCGACAACGUAGGCGUGGACGUCGGAGUUGGAGUUGGGGUUCCCAUGGGCGUCGAAGAUACCGCCGCCGCCGCUAUGGAAUCGGAACUUGGCAAUGUGGAUGCUCACGGCGAGGCGGAACCCGAUGCCGACAUGGAGGAGGAUGAUCAUUCAGUCGGAGCCUCCGGCCUUCAACAACACGUUGAUCUAUCAACCGCCAGCAUGCUGGCUAACGGCGGUGCCAAUGUUGUGGGAGGAGGAGUCGUGGGCCAGAGUGUUCAUGAUCACAUGCAAGAUUUGCAGCAAGGGCUCGCGCAUGCUCAGCAACAACACCAACAGCAGCAACAGCAGCAGCAGCAGCAGCAGCAGCAGCAGCAGCAGCAGCAACAACAGCAACACCAGCAGCAACAACACCAGCAUCAGCAUCAGCAGCAGCCCCAAGCCCAGAUGGGUCCUCCCCAGCAGAUGCAACCUUCUCACCAGCCGAUGGAGCCUCAAAUCGUGGGGAUCACAGAGGAACUUGCCCGCGAGUCUGGCUACCAGAACCUUAGUGUCGAGAGCGCCCUGGCGAAACGGUUGGCCCGUGAGCCCGGUAGACGUCUUGCGACUCAACGUCGACCAGAACAACAGCUCAACUUGAAUCGGCGGAGUAAUGUGGAAGCGCUUUUUGCUCAUAUUUCGGGCACUCUUGCUCCACAACCGUGCAAAAACUGCCACAAAGGCCACGGCCCGUGGAGCGUGUGUGUAGUGGUAGAUGGCCAAAUGUGUGGCAGCUGUGCCAACUGUUGGUUCAAUCAACCCAUGGCCCAGCAUGCGGGCAUCAUGCCGCCGACAAGUGCGGCUUUACCUGCGGAUCCCAACUACCGCUACACCCCGGCCCAUUCUCUAUUGCCACCCGCUCACUCCAAUGCCAUGCAAGCUAUGAAUUUUGGCGGAGGAGGCGUUCCGUCUAUUAACAACAACCCAAUACUCCAACAGCUCGUGAGCAAAGCCAUGAACGAAGUGAGGUCGGCUGAUCGUGCGACACGUUUGUAUUGGCAGCUCGAGAUCACGGCCAAGCAGUUGGCUCUUCAAUAUGCUGAGUACGAAGAGGCCACCGCAAGUCAAAGCCAGCCAGGAGGAGCGGGGAAUCAAAUUGGUGCUGGCCAACAUGGCAUGGGCGAUGACGGCAGUGCCUAG